AUGAAUUUUUUUUACAGUAAAAAAAAUUUUACUACCGAAAACAUUCCUGAUUUGACCGGAAAAGUUGCCAUUGUCACUGGAGGCAACACAGGAAUCGGAUACAUCACAGCGAGAGAAUUAGCUCGUAAAAAUGCACAUGUAUUCGUUGCAAGUCACAAUAAAGAACGUUGCGAAAGUGCCGUAGAAAAAAUUAAAAAAGAAACUAGAAAUAAUCAGGUAGAAUUUUUAUAUUUAGAAUUAGGUAACCUGAAAAUUGUGAAGCAAUCUGCUGAAAAUUUCCUUUCGAAAAAUUUACCUUUACACAUUCUUAUCAAUAACGCUGGAAUUUUUGCGACCCCUUGGUCAUUAACUGAUGAUGGGAUCCAAGAUCAAUUUGGAGUGAAUUACGUUGGACAUUUCCUAAAAUUGAAGCUUCUGCACCUUCUCGAAUCGUUAACGUCAGCAGGGAUUGAUUUCGAUAAGAUUAAUCAAGAAGGUGCUCUAACACCUGAGCUACGUUACUGUGUAUCAAAACUUGCCAUGAUCCUUUUUACAAAAUCAUUAUCGAAACGACUUGAAGGCAAAGAAGUUUACGUUAAUUCAGUUCAUCCAGGAUUUGUUAAAACCGAAGUAUCAAGAGGACUAGUUAGUACUUAUGGAUUCAUUGCGAAAAUAUCGAGCAAAGUUGCUUAUACUUUGUUUGCGAUACCAUCUGAAGAUGGAGCAUUAACACCAUUAUAUGCUGCUACAAGCCCCGAAAUUGUUGAAAGAAAUUAUCGUGAUCAAUAUUUCGAACCAUUUGGCAUGAUUGGAAACAGGCCUGCGGCAGCUCAAGAUGAGGAAUUAGCCGAAAAAUUGUGGAAAUAUACCGAAGAUUUAAUCGAUGUUAAAUUACGUUAG